AUGGCGCAGGGGCCGCCGCACACUGCAUAUGCCCAGGGUGUGGGGCCGCGCAUCCCCCGGGCGCGGGCCGGGCGGGCGCAGCAGGCCGCGGGGCUCCUCCUGGCGCUGAGCGCCGCGGCGCUCUGCCUGGCCGGGCAGCCCCUGGCGCACACCGCGCGCGGACUCACCGCCUACUUCGUGGCGCUCCAGAUCGGGGCAGUGCUCAAGGGCACCUGCUACUUCGCCGAGGAGAUUUUCCACCUGGAGGCCAGGUACCGCGGCAGCCUCUCGCGGGCCCUCAGCGCCUGCCUGCACGUGCGCUGGCACGCCACGCUGCUCGUCGUGAGCGGGCUGGCCCAUGCGGCCCUCCUGGACGGGGACGGGCACUCCCUUGGCCUGCACUUCAUCCUUGCCUGCUGCUGCCAGCUCCUCUUCCUCGCGCUCGGGCUCCACAAGCCCUCAGCUGUGGAAAUAUCCGAGAUGUCUGAGCGGUCCAAGCAGAACGUUGCUCAUGGGCUCGCCUGGUCUUAUUAUGUUGGGUACCUAAAAAUAGUUCUGCCACGCCUGAAAGAGUCAAUGGAGAAAUUCAGCAGAGCCAACCCCAAUGUGCUGGCGCACAGGGAGACCUGGAAGCUCCACAUUUUAGUCCCUCUGAGCUGCGACAUCUGUGAUGAUCUGGAGAAAGCUGACAGCAACAUCCAGUACCUGAUGGACCUCCCAGAAACAACCCUGACCCGAGCUGGCACAAAAAGAAGGGUCUACAAGCACAGCCUCUACGUAAUCAGGGAUGAAGACAAGCUCAGGACGUGUGCGGUGGAGUUCGCCACCCCUCUGCAGUCUCUCUACGCCAUGUCCCAGGACGAGGCUGCUGCCUUCAGCCGAGAGGACCGCGUAGAGCAGGCCAAGCUUUUCUACAGGACCUUGGAGGAGAUUCUGCAAGGUGCCAAGGAGUGUGUGGGCACCUACCGCCUCAUUGCAUACGAGGAGUCGGAGGAAGCUGAGCCCCACUUCUUGUCGCGUGCGCUCCUGCAGCACCUCCAGCAGCAGCGUCAGGAGGAGUACGCGGUGUGUCCCGACACCCUCUGCUCCGCAGAGCUCAGCCUCCAGAUCAGUGAGUCGGACCUGCCGCAGCCGCUGCGGAGCGACUGCCCCUGAGCCCUGCUCUGCAGCCCCGGGCCUUUGCGCCUCCUUCUGCCAGCCUCAGC